UUCCAGGUGAUCUCUGAAAAUGGUUCGCUAUUCACUUGACCCGGAAAACCCGACAAAAUCAUGCAAAUCAAGAGGUUCAAAUCUUCGUGUUCACUUUAAGAACACACGGGAAACUGCCCAGGCCAUCAAGGGUAUGCAUAUCCGAAAAGCCACCAAGUAUCUGAAAGAUGUCACUUUGCAGAAGCAAUGUGUGCCAUUCCGACGCUACAAUGGUGGAGUUGGUAGGUGUGCCCAGGCCAAACAGUGGGGCUGGACACAGGGUCGGUGGCCCAAAAAGAGUGCCGAAUUUUUACUGCACAUGCUUAAAAAUGCAGAGAGUAAUGCUGAACUUAAGGGUUUAGAUGUAGAUUCUCUGGUCAUUGAGCACAUCCAGGUGAACAAAGCCCCCAAAAUGCGGCGUAGAACUUACAGGGCUCAUGGUCGGAUUAACCCAUACAUGAGCUCUCCCUGCCACAUUGAGAUGAUCCUUACUGAAAAAGAGCAGAUUGUUCCUAAACCAGAAGAGGAGGUUGCACAGAAGAAAAAGAUAUCCCAGAAGAAACUGAAGAAACAAAAACUUAUGGCCCGGGAGUAAAUUCUGCAUGAAAUACAUGCAAAUAAAAGUAAAAACAGAA